AUGCGGCACACAAUACCUUUUUUCCGACGCUCUGCCUUUGUUCCAGCCCCUGGAAGUUCGCUGCUAAAUCCCCGUAGUCAACGUGCGAAAGUUCGUCGAAUGGUGGCCGCUCAGAAGGCUCAGGGCGAAAACUUCGAGCGACAGGCGCUGUAUGCCGAGCUUGGCGGCUCACCUUCAGCGAGAGCACCACGGAGCAAGGGGGAGCGUUCAAAGGAGGCAACGCGUCGUGUUGGUUGCGAGGUGGCGGAGCGCGCAAAGCACAUGACGGACGCCGAAUGGGAAGGUGUGCCAGUUGACGAAAAGCAUGCCUUUGCGAAGUACAUGCACAAAGUGCUUCAGGAGCAUCCCACAGAAACAACAGAGCAGCAGCGCCGAAGGUAUUUCGAAACCACAAUGGCUGACGUUUUUGAGUUAGAUCCACGGAAAACGGUGCGAGACGAGUACGAGCGUGUCAAACUGGGUUUGCCGGUGCACCUCAAGAAUCCACAGUACUCCCUCGGUGUGUCGCAAGCCGUAUACGAUGCUGCUGAUGCCUCCCUUUUCGAUCCCGAAAACGUUCACCGGCUGGAAAAUGCGAUGACACACGUGAAACAAGUGUUUGCAGAUUACGUUCACAAAAAGCGUGAAGGUGUCAGCACGGAGGCUGAGAGACGGAUGCUGGCGAAUCUCACCGCGGAACUCAAUUUGGAAACGCAGAAGCACCUUGCCAAUAUGUUCAAGUAUGCCGAGAUGCGGUUACGGCAAGUUAAACUGGAGGAACGGCAUCAUCAGUUGGCAGAAAUCGAAAGACUUCGAAGGAUGGCGCAGCAAAGGGGCGGUGUGAAGGGGCGUAAGGGUGGGAGCAGAAAGAUGUCGCGCAUGGAGAGACUUAAGCGCGUUAUUAACCGCGCUGUGGGCCUCGAUAUCGCCGUCGCUGAAACUGUUCUGACGGAGAUGCAAGCCCAGGAGGAGUUCCUACAGUUUUGCGAAGUUUUUGCACGGCUGACACUCGGCAGUGGCUUCAAACACACGGGAAAGGAUGAGAAUCUUAGUGCGUAUAUUGAAAGUCUGCGCAAACUAUACUCUAUGGAUGCCGCCACGCUAAGCACAUUAGACGUUGUCCAGUACUAUUCAUCUAAAGAGGGAGCACACCCCGUGGAUUGGGCCAAGCGCUGGUACGAAAGGGCAUUGCUCCUCCCACUGCAAAGCACGCCAGAGUACCAAAAGCUACUCCAAAUCCAACAACGGGAUGAAUCGACGGUAAAGCACAUUAAAGAAACUGCGGGUACAGGUCAUGCAUUUGCUUGCGAAGCCGAAGCCGAGGUCGCCCGCAUAAAAACGCAAAAGGUGGUCAACCUAGUUGAGAAGAUGUUUAUGGAUCCCAAAGAUAAACGUCUGGAAUCGUUGCACGAAAAGCGCCUCCGGUAUCUUGCACAUAUGCAGAUGGAGCGGCAGAUUAGGUGCGUCAGGGAAAAUGCCAAGCUAUUCGACGGCGUGGAAAAUAUGCCGGAAGCAGCACAAUGUCGGGAGUUGUACGAAAAGAUAAUGGAAAAGAAAACAGCCCAAUGCAACAUGACGUCACCUCCUGAGGGGGAGGGAUCAGCCAUCCAGUCCGCCAAAACCGAGGGAGAUCAUUGUGAGGUUGGACCAGGAAUGUUUAACGUGUACGACGAUGCGGAGGCAUCAUCCCUCUUUGAAAAGAUCCGUGAAAUAACUCUUAGGGUUAUCCGGGACCGCCACGUGCAGAGCGCGGCGGCAACGAAAGCACGUAUGCUUAAUCGAAUCAUAAGGAGCCUCAAAGGUGGCGAACAAAGUAUUGCGGAGGAGUUACGUGCCCUUCACCAACAACGCAAGGAAAAGAUGACAAUGCGUAUCCUGGGUAUAAUUGAGAACGAUGUGAAAACGGAAAUGGAGUGGCUCCAAAACAUGGAAGAGGCGGAACGACCACCGCUGUUACCAAUACCAGAAAACAUGUCGUACGUGUCUGCGGCAGAUGUGCAAGCAUGGCGUGAAUUGCGGGAAGAUGAUGAGCGGAAAGCUGCUAACCCGUUCGAGCGCCGGCGACGCACGUUUCAACCGGAACUUCUAGGUCAAGCAUGGAGUGUACCUAACAAACCACUGCUAUUUUGGGGUACGGGAGUGUCUGCGGUACAACAGGCACUUCGUCACGUUGCGGAGGAUGCGGAACGGAAGCGGCAGGGUCUCCUCCUCGCCCCACCAUACCCGUGUGCAGAGAACCCGUGGGGGUGGCGGCUUGCGAAGGAUAUACUUGAUGACAAUAACUGA